AUGGCACCUACCGCAAUGUUUUAUGAUUUCACCGUCCUUGAUAAUCAAAAACGACCUUUGCCAUUGUCACUUCUCAAGGGCAAGGUGGUGGUGGUUGUCAAUGUAGCAACUUUGUGUGGGUUUGCUCCCCAAUAUUACGAAUUGCAACAAAUAUGGAACCUCCAUCGAGAUAAAGGUUUGGUCAUUUUGGCAUUUCCUUGCAACCAAUUCGGUAACCAAGAGCCGUUACCGGCAGCACAGGUGGCGGCGCAGGUGCACGCUGAAUACGGGGUGACGUUUCCUAUCAUGGAAAAGGUUUAUGUCAAUGGUCCCCAUGAGCAUCCUUUAUACACAUUUUUGAAAAACCAGCAAAAAAACUGUUUGGGGUUCAAAGGCAUUAAAUGGAACUUUGAAAAGUUUGUCAUUGAUAGAAAUGGCGAGGUGGUACGACGGUUUGGUACGGAUACUCCACCAAGAGCCAUAGAGCCAUAUCUUCGUGAGCUUCUCGAAAAUUGA